CACAGCACCGACCGGCCCUCAGCGGGAGCUUCACUCACCCUCCGUCCCUUCCACCCCGGGGUAACUACACACCGACUAACGCUGUGGAUAAACACACACACACACGCGUGGGUGUACGUGAGUGUGUAUCGGUGUGUGUACGGUACAUGUUGGAGCAGAAGAAGCCGAGCGGCCGCGAACAUUCCGCCCUGAGGAGCUGAGGUAAAGCGGGCUCGAGCCGCCUCAGCAGCAGUCGCGCGCAGAUGGAGCGAUUAUGCGGCUCUGAACUUCCCUUCUGGAACCCCAAUCUGUCCAACUCCACGGAGAUCCCCGACCUCCCCAAGUGCUUUCAGCUGUCUGUGCUCUCAUGGAUUCCCUGCAUCUACCUGUGGCUCGUCUUCCCCUUCCACUUCAUUUACCUCAGGAGGAACAACAGAGGCUACAUCAUGAUGUCCAUCCUAAACAGAGUCAAAACGAUCUUCGGCUGUAUCUUAUGGAUCGUGUGCUGGACGGAUCUCUUCGCCUCGUUCCACGAGCAGAACCAGGGGCUCCUCAGGCCGCCCAUAUACUUCAUCACCCCCUUAAUACUGGGCAUGACCAUGCUGUUGGCCACCUUCCUCAUCCAGUAUGAGCGUCUGAAGGGGGUGCAGUCCUCGGGGGUGCUCUUUAUAUUUUGGACUCUCUCUGUGCUGUGUGCCAUCGUGCCUUUCCGCUCCAAGAUCCUCCAGGCCAGGAACGAGGAGGGAGUUCCAGAUAAGCUGCGCUUUACAACCUUCUACAUGUAUUUUGGGCUCCUGGUUGCAGAGCUCAUUCUGUCCUGCUUUAAUGAGAAGCCUCCACUCUUCUCCAGUGUGGUGACAGAUCCUAACCCGUGUCCGGAGUCGUCUGCUGGCUUCCUAUCCAAAAUGACCUUCUGGUGGUUCACGAGGUUGGCAAUAAAAGGCUACAAACAUCCAUUAGAGUCCAAAGAUCUUUGGUCUCUGAAUAAGGACGACAGCUCAGAGGUGGUGGUGCCUAAACUGCUCAAGGAAUGGGAAGUGGAGAAGUCUAAAGCACAGAGCGCUGCACAGGAAAUGAAUGGACAGGCCGUUUACUCAAAACCUGAGCCAGACACCAAAGAGACCAAAGACACCAACCACGCCGGGGCCAAUCCCGAGGAGGUAGAGGUUCUCCUGUCUAAGAAGAAAGACUCCCAGCAGCCCUCGUUCCUGCGCUCUCUGAUCAGAACCUUCGGGCCCUACUUCCUCAUCGGCUCGGCCUUCAAGCUGCUGCAGGACCUCGUCACCUUCAUCAACCCACAGCUGCUCAGGAUGCUGAUCACCUUCACCAGGCAGAAGGACAUGCCCUCGUGGUGGGGCUUCACCCUGGCCUUCCUCAUGUUCGGCUGCGCCCUCCUGCAGACGCUCAUCCUGCACCAGCACUUCCAGUACUGCUUCGUUACUGGGAUGAGACUACGCACGGCUAUCGUCGGAGCCAUCUACAGGAAGUCGCUGGUCAUUACGAACGAAGCCAAGCGUAGGUCCACGGUGGGAGAGAUCGUCAACCUGAUGUCGGUGGACGCCCAGCGCUUCAUGGACCUCACGACCUUCCUCAACAUGCUCUGGUCGGCGCCCCUGCAGAUCGUCCUGGCUCUGUUCUUCCUCUGGCAGGCUCUGGGCCCCUCUGUGCUGGCGGGAGUGGCUGUUAUGAUUCUACUGAUUCCACUGAACGCCGUCAUCGCCAUGAAAACUAGAGCUUACCAGGUGGAGCAGAUGGAGUAUAAGGACGCCCGGAUCAAGCUGAUGAACGAAAUCCUGAACGGGAUCAAGGUGCUGAAGCUCUACGCCUGGGAGGGCUCCUUCAAAGAGAAGGUCCUCGAAAUCCGUCAGAAAGAGCUCAACGUGCUGCGCAAGGCCGCCUACCUCAGCGCCCUGUCCAUCAUGGCCUGGACCAGCGCCCCCUUCAUGGUGGCCCUGACGACGUUCGCCGUGUACGUGAGCGUAGAUAAAAACAACGUGCUGGACGCGGAGAAGGCCUUCGUCUCGCUGUCCCUGUUCAACAUCCUGAGAUUCCCGCUCAACAUGCUCCCACAGGUCAUCAGCAGCAUCAUGCAAGCCAGCGUGUCCCUGAAGCGUAUCCAGGAGUUCCUGAGUCACGAUGAGCUGGACCCGGCCAGCGUGGACAGGAAGCCCGAAUCCUCGGAUCAUGCUAUGACCGUGGUGAACGGGAAGUUCGCCUGGGCCAAGAAGGACACGCCCGCUCUGCACAACAUUAACAUGAUGGUGCCUCAGGGUUCGCUGCUGGCCGUGGUGGGUCAUGUGGGUUGUGGUAAGUCGUCUCUGGUGUCGGCGCUCCUCGGGGAGAUGGAGAAGCUGGACGGACACAUCUCCGUCAAGGGCUCGGUGGCGUACGUACCGCAGCAGGCCUGGAUCCAGAACGCCACGCUGAGAGACAACAUCCUGUUCGGGAGGCCGUACGUGGAGCAGAAGUACCGCUGCGUGCUGGACGCCUGCGCCCUGACCCCUGAUCUCGACGUCCUUCCCGGAGGAGACCAGACGGAGAUAGGGGAGAAGGGCAUCAAUCUAUCAGGAGGACAGAGGCAGCGGGUGAGUUUAGCUCGGGCCCUGUACAGCGAGGCGGACGUUUACCUGCUGGACGACCCGCUGUCCGCCGUGGACGCCCACGUGGCCAAGCACAUCUUCGACAACGUGAUCGGGCCGGACGGAGCCUUACGCGGGAAGACGCGGAUUCUGGUGACCCACAGCAUCAGCUUCCUGCCUCAGGUGGAUAACAUCAUGGUGCUGGUGGACGGCAGCAUGUCUGAGAUGGGAUCGUACCAGGACCUGCUCAGGCAGAACGGAGCCUUCGCCGAAUUUCUGAGGAACUACUCGCUCGAGGACAUCGUGGAGGAGGAGGAGGAGGUGACGGAGGUUUUGCUCGAUGAUGAAGAGACGUUUCUUGACGACACGCUGAGUAACAACAUCGACAUGGUGGACAUCGAGCCUGUCGUCAACGAGGCCCGGAAACAAUUCAUCAGGCAGAUCAGCGUGAUGUCCAGCGACCUGGAGAACACGAGAACCAAGUCGGUGCGCAGGCGGCGCUGUAGCGAGAGGAGGCACGGAGACCCGCCACCGGAGAAACAAGAGGCCAAAGUGGAGAAGCUGAUCCAGGCGGAGACGGCGGAGACCGGCCGGGUGAAGACGAAGGUGUACUGGGAGUACGUGAAGGCCGUCGGGCCCCUGCUGUCCCUCCUCAUCUGCCUGCUGUACGCCGCUCAGAGCGCCGCCGCUAUCGGGGCCAACAUCUGGCUCAGCGACUGGACCGACAGGAAGGCCAACGGGACCGAGGACAACGUGCAGAUGCGAGUGGGGGUGUACGCGGCACUGGGCAUCACGCAAGGCCUCCUGGUCAUGUCGUCCUCCUUUACCCUGGCCAUGGGGAAAAUCCUGGCCGCCCGCAAGCUGCACGAGGGCCUCCUGGACAACAAAUUCCGCACCCCGCAGGCCUUCUAUGACACCACCCCCAUAGGGCGCAUCAUCAACCGCUUCUCCAAAGACAUUUACGUCAUCGACGAGGCCCUGCCCUCCACUAUCCUCAUGUUCCUGGGCACGUUCUUUGCCUCCGUGUCCACCAUGAUCGUUAUCAUUAUCAGCACGCCCAUCUUCGCGGUGGUCGUCGGCCCCCUGGCUUUGAUUUACUUCUUCGUGCAGAGAUUUUACGUAGCCACCUCGAGACAGCUCAAGCGUCUGGAGUCCAUCAGCAGGUCCCCCAUAUACUCGCACUUCUCUGAGACCAUCACCGGCACUAGCGUCAUCCGCGCGUACAGACGCGACUCCUCCUUCGUGUUCAUGAGCGAUAUGAAGGUGGACGAGAACCAGAAGAGUUACUACCCCGGUAUAGUCUCCAACAGGUGGUUGGGGGUUCGGAUCGAGUUUAUCGGAAACUGCAUUGUUCUGUUCGCCGCUCUGUUCGCCGUCAUCGGGAAGGACAAGCUGACCGAGGGGCUGGUGGGACUGUCCAUCGCCUACGCCCUGCAGGUCACCAUGUCUCUGAACUGGAUGGUGAGGAUGACCUCGGACCUGGAGAACAACAUCGUGGCGGUGGAGAGAGUGAAGGAGUACUCGGAGACGACGCCCGAGGCACCGUGGGAGGUGGAGGACAAGAAGCCCUCUCCUGACUGGCCACCGGAGGGCAACGUGGAGUUCAUCGACUACAGCGUGAGGUACCGCGAGGGACUAAACCUGGUCCUGAAGAACAUCUCGCUCCAGGUGAAAGGAGGAGAGAAGAUCGGCAUCGUGGGGAGGACGGGAGCGGGAAAGUCCUCCAUGACGCUGUGCCUGUUCCGUCUGCUGGAGGCGGCCGGAGGGGAGAUCAUGAUCGACGGGGUGAAGAUCUCGGAGAUCGGCCUGCACGACCUGAGAUCCCGGCUCACUAUAAUCCCCCAGGAACCGGUGCUGUUCUCAGGGACGUUAAGGAUGAACCUUGACCCCUUCAUGAAGUACAGUGAUGAUGACCUGUGGAACGCUCUAACACAUUCUCACCUCCACAAGUUUGUCAGCAAUCAGACGGCUAAACUGGACCUGGAGUGCUCCGAGGGGGGAGAGAAUUUAAGUGUGGGACAGAGGCAGCUCGUCUGUUUGGCUCGAGCCCUGCUGAGGAAGACCAGGAUCCUCGUCCUGGACGAAGCCACAGCCGCCAUCGACCUGGAGACCGACGACCUCAUCCAAUCCACCAUCCGCACUCAGUUCGAGGACUGCACCGUCUUUACCAUCGCUCACAGACUCAACACCAUCAUGGACUACACACGGGUGCUGGUGCUGGAUAAGGGGCAGAUUGCUGAAUUCGACACUCCGGUGAAGCUCAUUACACAGAAAGGGAUUUUUUAUGGCAUGGUGAAGGAUGCCGGGUUGGCGUGACCCCUCCAGCGCUGCGGUGAUGCUGAGCCAGUGAAUCUAUAGUUUAUAUUUUUAUUAUGAUUCAGUGCUGUUAUUGUUUAUUAUUAUUAUUAUUAUAUGAGUGGAUGUGUUUCUAUAGGCCGUAGCGCUGCUGUUACAUCAGCCGGUGAGUUUUUUGAUGAACUUUUCUAUUUUUGUACCACUCGUUAUCACUUUUUGGUGAAGUUACUGCCCAGACUGAGUCGUGAGAUGUUUGUUACUGUUACUGUGGGGAGCCGCUCGUGCGCUGGUGACCAAAUUUCAUUGCUUGACAAUCACGGCGAUUCUGCCAUGAGGAGAACGUCACGGGUUCAGGUGGAACCCUCGUAUUGUGCUGACACUGUUCUUCAGACGUUCACAUCCAGCUUCAUCCUAUAUCUGUACAUCAGGACGUGCUUAAUGCUUUAUAAACACUAACGUGAUUUAUUAAAUAUAUAUAAACAACCUCA